AACAAGCGGGGGGCAUAAAUUGCCUUUAUCCUCUCUCACUCUACCCAGAAGGAAAGAAGAAAAAGAAAUGAAGGCUUCGUUCAAGGCUAGAUAUGAGCCCGACAAGGCCGCUGCUGCAGCUACCGUCACCGCUGACGCUGGUGACUUCAAGCUUCGUGCCUCCAUGACCGAAGCCACUGUCAUCAAAGGCCCCAGCUUAAAUGGUUUGUCCUUGGCCCUCGAAAAACCAGGCUUCUUCAUCAUCGACUAUAACGUCCCCAAAAAAGAUUUUAGGUUUCAAUUUAUGAAUACAGUAAGGGUAGCUGACAAGCCAUUGAACAUGACUUACAUUCAUAGCAAGGGGGAUGACCGGACUGUAUUGGAUGGGACUUUGGUGCUUGAUUCGACUAACAAGGUCUCUGCUAACCACGUGCUUGGCACAGAGAAUAGUAAGCUGAAGUACACUUACAUUCAUGGAGGAUUGACAACAUUUGAGCCUAGCUAUGAUUUGGGGAAGAAUGCAUGGGAUUUCAUGGUGUCACGCAGGGUUUAUGGAGAUGAUGUGUUCAAGGCUAUGUAUCAGACCUCCAGCAGAGAUUUGGGGCUCGAGUGGUCACGGAGUUCCAAGUUGAAUGGGUCUUUUAAGAUUUCAGCAUCUCUCAAUCUGGCAGAUGAAAGGAAAAUGCCCAAAUUAAGUGCUGAGACUACAUGGGAAUUUGAAAUGUGAUUCUUUUCUCUAGUUCUGUUUGUCUGCUUCAAUUGUUCAUGUCUGGAUGAGAACUUCCUGAUGGAUGAGAUACAUAUUGGUGCCUUCUCUUCUGGAAAUUAUACUGUUUAUUUCACAAAAGAGCUGAUUUCUCGGUUGAUGAACUACUUUUAAACAUUUGCAAAAUCACCAUUAAUGAGUUAAAAAUUAGCAGUUGUUUGCA